UUCAAACUUGUGUUUAUCUUAAAUCUAGUUAAUUUUCUAGAUCUUGUGGCAUGAAAAAAUUAUCUUUAAAAGUACAAAUAUUCAAUGUAUUGCAUGCGUAAUAAUUAACAAAUUAGCAAAUGCUGUUUCAAAGUUUCAGAUGAAGUAUAUUAUAUCACACUGCACAACGUCAACUUCCCCAGAAGUAGGUCGACAACCCAUAUGCCAUAGGUGUAGGAAACUGAUUUUUAACCUCCUAAAAUAAUUAUAUCUGCAGAGUUUGAAGUAUUAUAUGGCCCAUAGUUGUGGCACUAAUGUCUGAUAUUAGUCUAGGUCAUACAUCCAAACUGAUCAUGUUACUGUACCAUUGGAAAACUACACCUCUCUCUCUCUCUCUCUCUCUCUCUCUCUCUCUCUCUCUCUCUCUCCCAGAAAAACGACUUAUCUCAUUUAGUUUCAUUUACAUAUUAUUGUUUGUUGUGCCCAAAGAUAAUUUUAAAGAGUCUUGUGACCAGUCUACAGGAAGGACCUCAUAUUUUUAUUCCACAUGAUAUUGCUUUUCAACCUUGCCUCAAGCUGCCUGACUCAUAUUGCUUCCAAUUAUUACUUUAAAUAUUCCAAUUAAUGUGCAAAUAUUCCCUAAAAAGGCGGAAUUGGUCUUUCAUACCAGCUUUCUUUCAUAUGUUGAAUACAAUUUAAAAGAAUAUUCCAGGUUCAAUACAAGUUAAGCUCAGUGGACAGCAUCUGUGGCAUAGUGUUGAUUACCAAAAAAAAGAAUAAAAAAAUUCAGAUUUAAUAAUAAAAGCACAAAUCAUGGUCAUAGUGAAGCACUUACAAUAGAAAUGAAUGAGGCAAAUUUUUGAUAGUUUAAAUGCAGAAAUAAGAAGCUUAUAAUAAAAAAAUUCACUUAUAUUAAUUCUUCUUUUACAACUUGUGUGAAGUUGUUUGAAUCGUCAUUUUUACAGCUGUUUUAGGGUUUACAGAGUUACGUCCUCAUGCCAGUGAAGUUAGGUUAGUUAGUUUUUAUUAGGUAGUACUUUUCACAGAAAAGACAAGCAAUUUUAUCACACUAAAAUCAUGUUAACAUGCAUAUUGUUUACAUCUUUGUCACAUAUUCCCUGUUUAUGUGUUGACUUUUGUUGAAAUUCUUGUUUAGUUCCUGUUUCCUGUUAGUUUGUAGUCCUUUUGUAGUUUCAUUUUAUGAUUGGUUUUCCCCUGAUUGUUUCCACAGGUGUUCCUCGUUCCCUUGUUUGCCCCCAUGUAUUUAAGCCCUUGUUUUCCCCUGGUUUCUUUGUCAGUCUUUACAUGUGUUGUCAUGUUCUGUGCCUGGUUUCCCAUGUUUUCGUUUCAUUCUGAGUUACUUUGUUCAUCUUUUGUUUUUCAUUAAAGCUGCAUUUAGAUCCUCAUUCCUUGUCUGCCUCGUUAUAGAAAGACUGACCAUCCGAAAUGGAUCUAGCAGCGUGCUUUGUCCAGUUGAGCCGAGCAAACUUAUCAAUUAGAGAAUACUCUCUUCUGUUUAGCACCGUUGCCAGAUACACAGGAUUUACCGAUUCCCACUUGAAGUCCUUGUAUCAGAUCGGUCUCCUAGCUCACAAGUGGAGGGAAUUGCCAGAGACCGGUGAUUACACGUGGGAGGAAUAUGUGGAGUUAAUUUCAGAGACAUUCGCUUCAGAGGAACCUCCUCUCAACCCCGUUUCCGAGUCUUCCACACCUCAGCCUGUUCCAUGUCAUGCCACAGCUACACCUGAGUCUGCUCCACGCCAUGUCACCACCAAGUUUAAGUCUACUCCACGCUAUACCACAACCCAGCCUCCCACAGCCCUUGUUUCAAAGUUAAAUUAUCCACCACUUAUGUCAGUGCAUAGGGUUAUGAAGACCCUACCUCACAGCUUGUCAGUACUCGCGCCUGCCACGGCCAACCAGCCCACACCUGCCACGGCCAAUGAGCCAACGGCCACGCCUGCCACGGCCAACGAGAUAGAAGCCUCGUCCGUCCCAGUGCUGGCGUUGCCAACUUCGGCUAUCCAGAGGAGGAGGAAGAGAAGAAAAGUUUCUGUACCCAAGUCUCUUCCCGUGUACACGACCACGGAGGUCGUUCCUGAGUCUCCUCCCAUGCCCACGACCACGGAGGUCGUUCCCAAGUCUCCUCCCAUGCCCACGACCACGGAGGUCGUUCCCGAGUCUCCUCCCAUGCCCACGACCACGGAGGUCGUUCCUGAGUCUCCUCCCAUGCCCACGACCACGGAGGUCGUUCCCGAGUCUUCUCCCAUGCCCACGACCACGGAGGUCGUUCCCGAGUCUCCUCCCAUGCCCACGACCACGGAGAUCGUUCCCGAGUCUCCUCCCAUGCCCACGACCACGGAGGUUGUUCCCGAGUCUCCUCCCAUGCCCACGACCACGGAGGUCGUUCCUGAGUCUCCUCCCAUGCCCACGACCACGGAGGUCGUUCCCGAGUCUUCUCCCAUGCCCACGACCACGGAGGUCGUUCCCGAGUCUCCUCCCAUGCCCACGACCAUGGAGAUCGUUCCCGAGUCUCCUCCCAUGCCCACGACCACGGAGGUUGUUCCCGAGUCUCCUCCCAUGCCCACGACCACGGAGGUCGUUCCCGAGUCUCUUCCCAUGAACAUGACCACGGAGGUCGUUCCUGAGUCUCUUCCCAUGUUCGCGACCAUGGAGGUCAUUUCCCAUUCAUCCAAGACUCUUUGUCUCGAGCCUGCCAUGGCUCCGCCUUCCACUGCUUCGCUCCCAGAGCCUGCUCCUUCCACGGCUCCGCCCUCAGAGCCUACUCCGCACCUAGAGCCUGCUCCUACUAUGGCUCCGCCCCCAGAGCCUGCUCUGCCUUCCACAGCUCCACCCCCAGAGUCUUCCACGGCUCCGCCUGCUCCCCCAGAGACUAUUCCUCCAGCGGCUCCGCCUGCUCCCCCAGAGACUCCUCCUUACAGCGGCUCAGCCACCUGACCCAGUCCCUGUCCUGCAGCUGCCUCCCAGGCCUCCUGACCCUGUCUUGGCCCUGCAGCCGCCUCCCAGGACUCCUGACCCAGUCCCCACCUUGAGGUCAUCUCCUUGGUCUCCUGGCCAUCCGCCUGAUCUGCUCUGGUCUCCUUGGUCUCCUGGUCAUCCGCCUGCUCUGGUCUCCUCGGUCUCCUGGCUGCCCGCCUGAUCUGCUCUGGUCUACUUGGUCCUCCAGUCCUGCAGCGUCACUCUGGCUCUCCAUCCCUCCAGCUCCGCCUUGGUUUCAAACCUCCCUGACUUUGCCUUGUUCCUCUGCUCCCCUUGCCCCUUGUACCCCCCUGAACUACCUGUUUUCCCCCACACUCCAUGGACAAUUUGUUUUUAUUUUUUGGAGUGUCUGGAAUCUGCUCCUUAAAAGGGGGGCUCUGUCACAUAUUCCCUGUUUUUGUGUUGACUUUUGUUGAAAUUCGUUUAGUUCCCAUUUCCUGUUAGUUUGUAGUCCUUUUGUAGUUUCAUUUUAUGAUCUGUUUUCCCCUGAUUGUUUCCACAGGUGUUCCUCGUUCCCUUGUUUGCCCCCAUGUAUUUAAGCCCUUGUUUUCCCCUUGAAUCUUUGUCAGUCUUUACAUGUGUUGUCAUGUUCUGUGCCUGGUUUCCCAUGUUUUUGUUUCGUUUUAUUUUGUUUAGUUACUUUGUUCGUCUUUUGUUUUUCAUUAAAGCUGCAUUUAGAUCCUCAUCUGCCUCAUUACAAUCUUGCAGCUAUGCUUUUGAAACAGUGAGUAUUUUAACGUUUAAGUAAGGGCCCCAUUUGCAUCCAUUCUAAGUGCCUCACUGUAACCUUGAUUUUUGCUCUUUUUUAAAGAAAAGGAGGGACAAGUCAAAAUUUGUGAUAGUCAGCAUUAUGCCAUAAAUGCUGUUAAUUGAGCCUAACUUGUAUUGAAUCUGGAAUAUUCCUUUAAGCAGAAUGCUUGGAAAACAUUUACCCCAUUAUUUAUGCUUACAACAUUAUUAAAUGUGUCACAUA